AUGAACACGCCACAAAAUCUUCAAGAAGGUACUCCGAGGGAAAAGGUGGGUUAUUCACAAUCUAAACGAACAUUUUGAAUCUUCAGGCUCAAUGUCUGUUGUAUGAAGAAAUCCGCGAAACCGACAGCAUAAUCCGGGAUUUGACGAGAAAAAUUCUCAACAGCGAAGAGUUGAUAAAGAACAUCCAACUGGAAAAAGAAUCAGAUGUCAAACGUCUCAAGGAAGUUGAAACCCGUCGAAUCGAAAAAGCAACGAGAGGAAAGAAUACACUUCGGAACAAAGGAUAGAGGAAAUAGAAAACUUCUCUGAAGCGAAAGAAAAGACUUGAAGAAUGGAAAAUAAGCUUUUACAAAGACUACAGCGUGCGGCUGAAUCGUCAACGCGAGGAUAUGGUGGAUAAUAUAAAAGGAUUUCGGGGCCCGUUUUUCAUGCACCAAUUUUUCUCGAAGAGUCCGAAAAAUCAGGUAAAACCCAUGAAAAUCGGCAAAUCAUGAUUAUUUCCCCAGAACCCACCAUCAACGGAUGCAGAAUGGAUCCAACGAGUCUUGAGCCUCGCAGAAAAUUCUCUUCGCCAAAUUAACCAGAAAAUGAAGGAGCUGGCAAAAAAAAGACAAAUUAUCGAUGGAGAAAUGCAACAACGGGCACAAAAAUUUCGUGACUAUGAGGAUAAUAUACAAAAAAUGGAAGCAAACCAUCUCGGUUCACACCCUGAGCAAGACGAAGACUUGAGAGAAGAACAACGCUUAAUACAUAAAUUCGAAAUUGAAUGGACCUCGAGAAACUGGAUUUAUCGAAAGAGAUUUGAAAUCUUUGGCUGAUUUUAUGCAUCAACAAUAUGACAGAAAAUGGCAAUACUGGAAUGAAAUGAAUAAAUUAAAAGAGAUAAUCGAUAACACCACUGAAAUCAGCCCUUCAAGUACUACAGCGAACACUUCUGACCUGCAAACACUUCGCUUCCAUAGAGUGAGUGAGGUAGAAUACUUAUGAAACGAUCGAACAAAAAAAAAAAACAACUAUUCAGCAAAAACCAGCUUCGCAAUUUCAACAUCAGACUAUUCACGAAGGUCACUCUCCCACGGUCCGUUUCCAUAUUUUGAAAAAAAAAAAUCUUCUUUUUUUAUCAUCAAAAAGUCUUAUGAAUUUAUAGAUUAUGCAUAGAUUUGAAAACCCAGGGAGGAGCUCCUCAACCAUCUCAGUUCAAUCUUCCGGUUCGAAAACUCCAGCCACAAAUCAUAGAUCCAGAAGAUAAAAAACGACUUGACCAGGUUAUCGAGCAGCAAAAGGUCGUUCUUCCAAUAAUUUUUAUAUGUGAUUUUAAAAAUUCGACAGAUUCGAAAAGAAGUCAAAGAGCAAACGAAGGACAUGAGUCUUGCCGAGUUGAUGAGCAAAUUUGGAAUACAGGUAGAGUGUAGAAAUCGAUCAGAAAGACCAAAAAAACUCAAUAAUAAACUCUCAGGUUUUUGGACUACAGUAACUAUAUUUUUUUUGGCAAUAUCUGUUGAGAAUACUGUACAGAAAAGCAGAAAAAACUUAAAAUCGUCAAAGUUUUCCUUGUUCGAAGACAUUGUUUUUUGGGCUGACUUUUCAAAUCUUUCACAUUUCCUUCGAGCUAAAUUGAAAUAACCAGGAAAUGGUCUCCGGUCGGACCCCUGAAUGAGACCAAGUUUGCUAGAUGUAAUUUUUCACGCUGAUUUCAAAUCUGGUCUUGAAAACCGCCGAGGAGAUCUGUGAAAAACGUUAUGUACCCUCAAAAGUCGAAAAUUUCCUUGUCUCCGAUUGAGCUCAAUUUUUGAGCAUGUACAGAUCUCGUUCCUCUGAGAACACAAAACGACUAGCUCUUGCAUUUCGUCGCAAUAAUUAAUCCCCUGCAUGAGAAGAAAAGCUGGUAUAAAAUUACGAGAUUUUGAUUUUGAGAAAUUUCAAAAGUUUCGUAAAAUUUGAAAAAAUACUUGCUGAAUGUAUCAAAUCAACAUCAAAACUAUCACAUCUAUCUCUGAAAGUUAUCAUUACGCUGUUAAGAUAAAUAAUACUACCGACUCUGACGAUCCGUCACAAAAUUCCCCAGGUGAGAAGCCGAUGAACACUUCGGAACGGGUUCGUGAAGUUUGAUCUGAAAAUAGUUUCCUCUGAUCUUUCAGACAUCUACUCCAGAACAGGAAACCACAACCAAACCAAGAGGAAAAACUCUCCCGAGAUUCGAAUUUCUCAGAACCUAUCCCUCACAGGUUAUGAAUAUUCUAGUGCACAAGAACAAUUUGUACUUAUCCAGUUCGAACUGAAAAAAGAACCCGAAACACCAAGAAACACUGGCUUCGAGGGCGGUUAUCCCUCCAGUCAACUUUUUUUAAACGUAAGUUUGGAGGAGUCUUCAUAAAGUACCAAUAAAAUGUUAAGAGAGUUGAAAAUAGCUUCUCCAGCUCUUCUGGAACCAUGGGGAUUUCGAACCGACAUGAAGAAGUUCCGAAAGAAGAUUGGACCGCUAAAAGUAUUUUUGAGGUAUUCAAUCAAAUUGAAAAAAAUAAUUUCCAUGAGAAAGAUAUUUUUUUCAGACUUUCUAACUACUCAGCCACCUCUGUUCCUUCGCAUAAAAAUUAUAACGUCAAAGUUGCAGACCUGACCGAUUCAAAAAGAGCUGACCAGGUAAGAAAAAAAACCUCCGUUUCUUAUAGAUAUUUCUUUUUUUGUUGAACUGAAAAAAAAGAUUAAAUUAAAAAUUCUCGAUAACGACCAGAAAAACUGCAAACUCAGAUGGGAGAAGUCGCGGUUAACACUGGGAAAACCUGGAAAAGCCAAUCCACAAACAGAGAAACACGUUUCAUGAGUGAGUCUUGAUUCAAUAAGUUUCAGCUUUACGAGCUUUCAGAGGAAAUUCCAGCCUAUCCAUUUUCUGAUGAAACCCAAGCUCGCCCCACAGAAUAUCAAAACAGGAAACGAAGUUUAUCAGAGUUCAUUCCUGGCUGGAACGUUUUGAUUCAGACAUCGUCAAAGUUCGAGAAUCUCUCGAAGGAAUCAAAUGAAAGUGAAUCAGUGGAUCAAAAUCCGAAAGGAUAACCAUUACCGUCUGCAACGCACAUGCAUCUUCCAAUCGAUAUCGGAAAAGCUUUCAGGUCGUUCUCAGGAGAUUUUCGAGGCUGAAACUUCUCGAGAUAACAUUCAAACUUCCCAAAUCGAGGAUUCCGACGACAAAAAUGAGAAAAUCGUCCAAAAACCGUCAAAAGGCCACAAAGAACUCCCGAAAAGUACAGAAAAUUCGGAAUCUAUCCAGGGUCCAAGCCAAUCCAGCAAUGAGGUGAAAAGUUUUUCUUUAAAAGAUGUAAAAUUGAGUAAAAUCAUUUUAGGAAAUAAGCUAUUCGCCUUAUCGAUAUGAGCUCAAUGAAAGUCUUGAGCGUUCCCAGCAAAGUCAAGGUUUCAUUUUUGAUUCUGAUCCAAACUGAUUUUCGCACUUCAGAAACGAUUCAAAAAGACAGUCCUCCACUUUUCUCCGAGGUUCAGAAAGAAAAAGAACGCGUGGAGUCUGCAUUAUCGUCUCAAAAGGUCUUGAUUGAAGGCGAGAUGUGAAAAAUAAAAAAAACUUUCAGAACCUACCGGAUCGAGUGAAAGAGCUUCUGAAACAAGCAGAAAGAAAACGCGAUGAGACUCGUCGACAAUAUGAAGAUGAGAAAGUCAGGAGGGAAAAAAUCAGAGAAGAAAAACGGCUGCAAUUGGAAGAGCUUGAAAGGAAAGACCGCGAAAAAGAAGAAGAAGCAGCUCGAGAACUGGCCGAACUUGAUAAGAGGAUCCAAGACGACGAGCGAAAGAGCCAAAAGGUUAUCCAUUGAAAAAUAAUCGACACCUUUAUUUGAAACGAUUUCGAAGCGCAAACUGACUAGUGAGAUUUGCGCAAGUUUGCUUUAGGACCUCUUAGUUACGGAAAAACACAAAAAAAAUCUCCCGACGUUCACGUUAUCGACGACUAUGAAGGAAAAGCCGGAAAAUAUCAUUUUGUUUGGGAACCAGAGUGUUCUGAAUGAGACGACAACACAUUUCCAUCGAUAGUUCAACUAGAGACUAUAAAAUUACCUUCCGAUUCGUCAAAAAACUUGAUUUUGUGCAAGUGUUUCAGUGGUCUUCGACAAAAGAGAGCUCAGAAAAAGAUGAAAGAAGGGAAAUCGAGGAAAGAGAUACGCAAAACUGAAGAAAGGAAGCAAGCGUUGCUGGAAAAACUGAAAGAACUCGAACCUUUUCAGAACGACGAAAUCACCGGAAGAAAAGGUCAGUUUUGCGUAUAUUCAUUCGAAUGAAACUGUACGAUGCCGACAAGUUUAGGUUGAACCGUCUCAAGCAGAAAUAGAACUUAUAGCAAAUUCCACGGACGAAGUGAUCAGAGAAAUACAGGAAAAAAGUUCAUUAGAACUCGAAAAAAUUCGGCGGCGAUGUGAAAAAGAGAGACUGGCGAGAAAAAGAGUCCGAGAUGAACAACAACAGCGGUUAGAAGAACUUAGAAGACAAGAACAAGAAAUCGAUGAAGAAUCGGCUCGGAAACUUGCCGAGUUUCAGGAAAAUCUAGUUCGGGAGAAGAUCCAAGAAGGGCAGAAUAAAGAAGAAGAAGCAGCCAGAAAAGGUCGUCGAGCAGAAAAGGAGCUCUGA